AUGGAACCACGAUCAAGAUUUACAGUAUCCAGGAAGUUUCUUGCCAUCGGUUUGUCGAUACUAGCCGUUCUCUCGCCGCUCUACAUUGACAGCUCAUCAGAAGACGAUCCAGAACCAGAAGACGAACCACUCAGCUUCGUGUUUACGCUCUCCGUGCUUCUGUUACUGCUGGUUAUGGCCAUAGCCUUAUCUCUAUACUGCGACCAGAGCUUGACCAGGUUCGAUCCCUACUGGAUUCAUAGGCUCUGUGGCUCCUUUGGUGGACUUCUUGCGAUACUCAUUCUUCUAGCUUUCGUCUUGAGAUGUAAAAGCUUGUACUUAGAACCUAGCUCAAAGUGA